AUGCCAACUCUACAUCAUCAUCACCAUCAUACACCUCUUUUAAAUAAGGAAUAUGACAUGAUAAUUUAUGUCGGGGAAGAACCUUCAGUCAAAACUUUUCACGCGCAUUCCAAUAUGCUGAUAGAUAAAUCUCCUUAUUUUCUUGCCGCAUUGUCAAGCAAUUGGAUACACAGAGAGAAUGGAAUGAUAGUAUAUCGCAAACCAAAUAUUUCUCCAGAGAUAUUCGAAGUCAUUUUAAGCUUUUGUUACACGAACCAGGCAAAAUUAAACGAUAAAGAUGGUAAAUUCAUAAUUGAACUCUUGAUAUCAGCCGAUGAGAUGAUCUUUACCUCUUUCAUCAAUUACAUUCAAAAAAAUUUCACGACUGCGCAAUUAUCAUGGUUACAAGACAAUUGUUUGGAAAUAACCCAAUUCGCGUUUAAAUAUCCCUCAUUUCAAGCAUUACAACACGUUUGUUUGGAAACGAUAUGCGAGAAUCCUUCAAUAUUAUUUAAAUCGCCACAAUUUACUUCUUUUGAAUCAGGUAUAUUGUUGGGUUUACUUCAACGUAAUGAAUUAAACUUAUCCGAGGUGGAAUUAUGGGACUACAUCAUCCAUUGGGGCAUCAGCCAAAAUCCUAAUAUUCCAGUAAAUCCUUCGUUAUGGAGCCGUAGUGAUGUUAAAGCUGUUGAAUCUUCUAUUAAAGAAUAUCUUCCUUAUAUUAGAUUUUGUAAUAUGACUCAAACGGAAUUUCAGCGUUACGUGUGGCCAUACCGAACUCUCAUCCCUUACGAUAUAUAUGAUUCCAUCAUGAUCAAUUUCAUGAUGCCGUUGUUCAAGUGUAAGCAAAUAGUGCGACAGCGAGGUACCGGAGCUCAAUCUCGUUUAAUCAAUUGGGAUCAUUUGAGAUACAUUUGUGGAUGGUUGAAUCGCAGGCUUGAACCUUAUUCCGGUAAUGCGAUCUGUAAAUUAAAUAGUGAUGUUGAAGUUAUUAAUUUUGGUAAUGGUGAUCUGAGGUUAGAUAAUAAUUUUAAUGAAUCGUUUUCUUGUAGUGCAAGAAAAAAUUCUUAUGAUAUGGGUAUAAGGAAUGAUACAUCCAGUUUUAGCGUUGAUGAAUUUGAGGUUUUCAAGGUUAUCAAUAGGAAUGAGUGA